CAGUGUGUGUCAUCUCAUGCUCGUUGCUGGUUCGUCUGUGUUGUCUCCCUGCAUCUCCGUUUAAAGAGGAAACAAAAGCAUCAGACAGACCAGCAGCAGAGAAAAGCCUCAUAACGUUCGCCCUCUGACAGAACAGCACAGAAUGGUCCUGCUUACAUUUCUUCUAAUUCUUGUGCUUCAGUGUGAAGUGGGGCUCAGUGAAACCGAACACAUCUUGUAUCUAACACCUGGAAAUGAUGUCGUUAUGCCCUGUGAUAAUGUACCUGAUACAUGCUCCAGGAUUAUCUGGGCUUACAGCAGAUCCGAGUCUCAGACGAUAAUUAUGGUUGAUAAUGGAAUUGUUGAAAAGAACUCAGCUCAAGCUGCCAGACUGAGUCUGCACAGUAACUGCUCGCUGAGUAUUAACAACAUCACUGCAGAGGAUGCCGGUCUUUACUCCUGUCGGCCUGAGGGGGACGAUGAUCAGGACACAAAUGUGUACCUAAAUAUUUUGACCAUUUCAGCAUUUCCAUCAGACGCUGAUCCAAAGAAGGAUGGAAACGUCACGUUAGAGUGCUCUCUGUUUAGAUACUAUACUACCUCUCCUUGUAACAGUAUGCGUUGGGUGGAUGAGACAGGAAGUGUGCUUUUGGACAGAGGUGUCAAGAACACUGGACGCACGUGUGUUUCUCUUCUGACUGUGAAGCUUCAGAGUGGCAACAAGAAAAGAUACACCUGCCAGUUUGAAGAUAACAAUACUGUGAAGAUAGAAGCUCACUACACACCUGUCCUCAUAGAUCGGUCUUUUCUGAACUGCAUCAUGUGGGCUCUUCGCUUUGCAGGACUCACAAUAAUGAUUGUAAUCAUGGUUCUUGUGAUCAGACACAAAGGAAGGAAAAAGCCACCUGAAGACAUCAACGUACAUUAUGUGGGUGACCGUGAUGAGGACACAGUGAACUAUGAAAAUGUGAGAAACAGGACAGCUGAUCCUGAACUGGACUGA